ACACGCGGUGCAGUCAGCAGCCGGCAAUGUGCUCGGCCCAUAUGGCGGUUAUCCUCCUGCGAUGCAUUCCGUGUGGUUCGCUUUAUAGAUGGAGUGACGCGAACGCCGUAGUGGGUUAUCCUGGUUCACGGAUAGUGCGACCAGAGUCUGACAGUAAAUGCGUCAGCUCCCAUCAAAAAGCACACAAGCCGGUGCGCAGACAUACGUGCUCAAUCAGAAGUCCAUGUCGAUCAUUUUCCCACCCCCGACAAUUAGGCAUCGCGGGACCCCAACUAGAUCGUCACAUCAUGUUGAACAGUGGCACUGUGGCACGGCAUGAUGGCUGGACCGGAGUCCUGACCCUCACUACUGGCAUGACUGGCCGUUACCACCGCGACGCACCAGGACUUGCACGGCAAGCAUAUCAUUCGGGUGAGCCUCCGGUGUCGCACGGUCAUGAUGCCGCAGCGCAAGGCGGAGCGGAUGGCGCGGAUGAUGAGAUGAUAGCAAACAGAACUGCCCCGGCUUCCCCUCGUUGUCUUCCGGACAGCCCGUACCGGCACAGCCACCCAUCAUCGCAGGUUGUUUCCGACCCCGGUCCAGCAACACUAUACCGUUCUCUCUUAUGGGUCGAUAUCAUUGGAGCGCUGCUCUACCGCAUCUUGUACAUUGUGCAUGCUAACUUUGAGACGGGGAUCGUGGACACUAGACCAUGCACGCAAAGUCGGCGAUCGUGGGACCUGUUGCCCAUCAUUAGGGUUUGCGACCGACUUGCGACACACAACUUUCGGUCCCGGCGGCAUAGCUACUUUUGGCCCCUAUGGACGGUUGUCCCAGCGCUAUGGCCGCUCGCUGAACCCUGUACAGAGUUCAACAUGGCAGACUCCUUUCGGAGGCGGGCAGGUACAUACAGCCGAACGAGGCCGCUAAGCCUUCCCCUUUCCGGUAUUUCGAAGUUCUUUAGACCUUCGCUUCACCUCGGGAUCCUCACUCGACUCCGAGGGCCCGCUUUCAUUAACACCCUUUUUAAACGAUAUCAUCAUGAACCGUGUCUCAUAGGCUGCGCGAGACUGCAUCAUACGGCAAUAUAUUGAAAUCGUGC